UUUUGAUCCCGCCCAGAAUACUUUUUCUCUGCAAGGAUAUAUAAUAGUGGUUUUGCCUGUCCAUUUAAGAAGAGAAGGCAAUGGAGACUGAACAACAGGAAGAGACAUUUACCAACACAGAGACAAAUGGUAAAUUUGGCAAACGUCCAGCAGAAGAUAUGGAGGAAGAACAGGCCUUCAAGAGAUCUCGGAACACAGAUGAGAUGGUUGAAUUACGCAUCCUUCUUCAGAGCAAAAAUGCUGGAGCAGUGAUUGGGAAAGGUGGCAAAAAUAUUAAGGCACUUCGUACAGACUACAAUGCCAGUGUUUCAGUCCCAGACAGCAGUGGCCCCGAGCGCAUCUUGAGCAUAAGUGCAGAUAUAGAGACAAUUGGAGAAAUCCUGAAGAAGAUUAUCCCUACUUUAGAAGAGUAUCAACACUACAAAGGCAGUGACUUUGACUGCGAAUUAAGACUUCUCAUUCACCAAAGUUUGGCAGGAGGAAUUAUAGGUGUCAAGGGUGCUAAAAUUAAAGAACUCAGAGAGAACACUCAGACGACCAUUAAGCUCUUCCAAGAGUGUUGUCCUCAUUCUACUGACAGAGUAGUUCUUAUUGGUGGAAAACCUGAUAGAGUCGUUGAAUGUAUUAAGAUUAUCUUGGAUCUUAUCUCUGAGUCUCCAAUAAAAGGACGGGCCCAGCCUUAUGAUCCAAAUUUCUAUGAUGAAACAUACGACUAUGGUGGCUUCACAAUGUUUGAUGAUCGAAGGGGACGUCCAGUAGGCUUUCCAAUGCGUGGAAGAGGAGGUUUUGAUCGAAUGCCCCCUGGUCGUGGUGGACGACCUAUGCCUCCAUCAAGAAGAGAUUAUGAUGAUAUGAGCCCUCGCAGAGGACCUCCACCACCUCCACCAGGUCGUGGUGGUAGAGGUGGCAGCAGAGCUCGUAAUCUUCCCCUUCCUCCUCCACCACCUCCUCGUGGCGGAGAUCUUAUGUCCUAUGACCGAAGAGGCAGACCAGGAGACCGUUACGAUGGCAUGAUGAUGCAGUGUCAUGUGGAUGCCUGUGAUGAUAUGCAGCCUCCAGAGUUGUUCGAGGGUGGCUCUGGAUAUGACUAUUCUUACGCAGGGGGGCGUGGUUCAUACGGAGAUCUUGGGGGACCUAUUAUCACGACACAAGUAACAAUUCCCAAAGAUUUGGCAGGAUCUAUUAUUGGAAAGGGAGGACAGAGAAUCAAACAAAUACGUCAUGAAUCAGGAGCUUCGAUCAAAAUUGAUGAACCAUUAGAAGGCUCAGAAGAUCGGAUAAUAACUAUUACGGGAACACAGGACCAGAUACAAAAUGCACAGUAUUUACUGCAAAACAGUGUGAAGCAGUAUGCAGAUGUUGAAGGAUUCUAAUGCAAGAUUAUUUUUUCUUUUUUAUAGUGUGAAGCAGUAUUCUGGAAAGUUUUUCUAAGACUAGUGAAGAACUGAAGGAGUCCUGCACCUUUUUUUUUUUUUUUUUUUUUAAUCUGCUUCUGUUUAAAAAGCCAACAUUCCUCUGCUUCAUAGGUGUUCUGCAUUUGAGGUGUAGUGGAAUAUUUGCUGUCCACCAGAUGUAAUGUUUUAGUUCCUUACAAAUACAUGGGGGUGGAAGGACAGGGCGCACGAGACUAACAUUGGAAUUUUGAAGCAGCAGCAGAGAGAGUGGAUUUUAUUUUUGUUCAUUGUUGGUGGUAAAUGUUAAUGUCUUUAUGUAAUUGUUGUGAAUGCCCUGCGUUUAUGUACACUGUAUCUUUUUUUUGAAGUGGGGAGGACACUGGUAGUCCACAUGUCCCUGACAUCCUUUGAGAGCAGUGUGCAGAAUGUAAUGCUCUUUUGUAAGAAACAGUUUAUGAUUUUUGAAAUAAAUUUAGUGAACCUGUCCUUGGUGGUUAUUUUUCUUCAGAUUUACAUGAGGUAAUAUCCAAAAUGGAUAUACUCUUCCCCUCCUCCCCCUUCCACUUUGCAUAAAUUAAAUUUGCUGUUAAGCUUGCUCUUCUGCUUCUUUAACAUAGACGGAGUUAUGUGAGGUUUUUUACAAAUUAAAGAAAUGUUGUGAAAGCAAAGACUGAUUUUUGGGGAAAAUGCAAAAAUAUUCAUGCGAAUGUGUAAAACAUUUUUUUGGAAGUGUUUGGCCCUCUUUGCAGUACAUAUAUAUAUUGGUGACAGUAUACAAAUAUUUUAAAACUUCGUGAUGUCACUGAGCAAACAGUGGUAAAGUACACCUGGUUAUAGACAGCUUGCUUAAUGCAGAUAACACUGUUAGAAAUGACAGUUGCUGUACCAUUACUGAAUUAUAGUUGUUUUCUGAGCUUUCAUUUGUAUGAGGUAGAAGUUCUUAUAAAUCAGCAAAUUGAUGAUAUCUAACUGUAACUUGGUUUUCGUUGUAUGCAAAACUUAAACUUAUUUGGUUUUCCCUAUUGUAUGUUGAAUUCCUUAGGAAUUUUGUGGAAAAAAAAAAAUAAAAAAU